AUGGGCGAUGAGUCCCUGGUGGGAAUUGUGAACCUGGUCUCGGGCGAGAAAGAUCCACGAAACCUUAUGCUCAUUUUCUCCAUGCUACGAGUUUUGAUGGUGGAGUGGGAUAUCACAGCACACAUCGAACUCAUGUUCGACUCCGUUUACGCAUAUUUUCCCAUAACCUUCAGGCCUCCUCCGAAUGAUCCCUAUGGCAUCACAGCUCAGGACCUGAAAGAUCGUCUACGCAACUGCCUGGCAUGUACUGGACUUUUUGCACCGCAUACUUUUCCUAAUAUGCUUGACCGUCUCGAUUCAACAUCAAAUGCUGUCAAGAAAGACGUUCUCGCCACUCUAUCUGCAUGUGCAGCGAAUUAUGACCCCAAAGUCCUCAGCCAAUAUUCAAUCACUUUAUGGGAUGCUGUCAAAUUUGAAGUGUUGCAGGCACAAGAGCCCGACCUUGCCGAGGAGGCUUUGAAUGUACUUCAAAGUAUAUCCCGGUGUUUGUCGAAGACUACUACUGAUGCGCCUACUUCGUUACUCCUACAAUACCUCAAACCGAUCAACAAGGAAUGCUUGGAGCAUCUUCAACAGCCGGCAUCUCGACAGGCUAAGGCGUCCGGUGACAUAUUGAAUGCGGUUUCUUCAGCCUCUUUACCUGCCUUUGAGAUGGUGAUCAAGGCCGUCGGCCCUCCCCUUCUGACCAUAUACCAAACUGCAGAAGGGCUGGUCCAUCAAAGAGCGGUUCUUGAGUUUGCGAACAAGUUAUUCGAAGCAGCCCUGGAGGUAUACGGAUCCUGGACGACUCCCAGCAAUAAGAAUCCUGGAGGUAGAGAGAACAUCCUUGGAGAGUUCAAAGACAAAUUUGUGACCAUCUACAGUCAGGCAUUGAUGGGGACAGUCAAGGAGGAGGUCUCUUUUCGUCUGACCGCGGCCACUGGGCUACUCUUGAUAUCGAAGAUGAACUCAUUACUACCAGAUAACGAGAUUGGACUUUUCGUGCAAUAUUUUGAUGAUAUUGUUCUUAAAGAAGAAUCCUACAGUCGAGACGAGCUCAAAACAAAAUCAAUGAACGCUUUAGCCGAAAUAUCCAAGUUCAAACCAACACUCAUUUCUGAUAUUACCUUUCCAGCAUUUAUGGCAUGCUUGCCAGAUGCUGAGGGUGCGGCAGAAUCCAGUGAUUACAGGUCUGUCUUGGGUGGCUUGGCCGAAAUCAGUGUUGAGAAGACCCUGCUCGAGACUUUGAUGCGGCGUCUAUUGAACAAACUUGAUCUUUUGUUCAACUCAGAACAGCGAUCAUCAUACCCAUACACGAUUGCAAUCCUUGGCGCCAUUCUGUAUGUAUUGAAUAAGACGGUCAACGAACAGCAGGUAUCGCUGGAUUCUUACUAUGAACGUGUUGUUGUUGGGCUAUCUCGGAGGACAACUGAAUCUCGGAAUGGCCCACUUGCCAAUGAGAAUGUUGCUGACCUGAUUGGUCGAAUAAUGAACCUGAUUGUACGAUACUCUUCGAAGGAAGCAAUUCAGCGAGCUGCUGAAAAUGUCUACGCCCUCUUUCGAGACACACAAGACAAUGACAAUCUUGGUUGGCUAUCCAUGCCCCUGAAAACCUCAACUACUAUUAUACUAUCUACAUGGCUCUUAGCGGCGAUACCACGUCAAACGCAAUCCUCCCUUUUGACGAAGUCGCAGAUACCGCAAACAGUCGAGAAGCUAUUAUCCAUCACAUCGAAAGACCAGAACAGAGCAAUCUUACAAAAUCUCCUAAUUCAAGUCUCAUUGUAUGUCAAUAAGCACAUGGAGGCAGCAGACCUCAAUUUUGUCGAUACUCUUCUUUCCAAAACCUUAGCAUCCCUGAAAGACGAACCCAUGGAUGAGAAUGAGACUCCGGAUGUGGAAAUUCGACUUACGUUUGCGUUGAUCAAGCCCUUGGUACUUCGGUUGGCCCCCCGAACAAAUCAAUAUCUGAUCGAUCUGAUCGAUCUUCUCGAUCAGAGACAAUAUCCAAAGGAGGUGUCCCUGAGGGCAGCAGUCGGCUUUUCCACAAUCCUUGCCCCAGAUGAUGUUCUAUCAAAGACCAAUGACGCGCAGAUUCGCCUUCUCGCCCCUCAACGAGUGUUCCAAACAUUAACUCCGCUUAUCUCAGAGAAAUUCAGAGCAUCAACAUCUCCGAUCGAAAAGGAGAAUUAUCUUGUUGCUCUUAGCGGCAUCUUGUCUACUGUACCCUCGGAAAUUGUCAUGCCCGAGUUGCCAACACUACUACCUCUUCUUCUGCAGUCUCUUGAUAUUACCGAUCAGGUAGUCAAGAUAGCGACGCUUGAAACGCUCGCCAUUGUGAUCACGAGCAACCCUGCGGCCCUGGACGAAAGUGGACACAUUCCAGCUCUCGUCAAGCGACUCCUUUCCGUCGCAUCCGUACCUAAGGCCAAAAACACCACCAGUAAAACCGGAAUGAGCAAAAGCAGUGUUGGCCAUCAUGUCUAUCAUCCCCCAGCAGCCAUCAAUCUUCCCAAGACGCGCCGCCUGGCCACUCGCUGCUUAACACUUCUCCCCAAAUAUAUCGCUGAGAGUACAUCCCGCGCAAAUCCGCUCUUGGCUCUAAAGCGAACGGUUCUUCACGAAUUGACCAGCGUUCUGGACGACAACAAGCGUGAUGUGAGGAAAGAGGCGGUCGAUGCUAGAGCGGCAUGGAUAAGAGGUGUGGAUGAUGUUGACGAUGCUGACGACGAAGAAGAUGCUUGA